CUUAAAAACCAGUCUAGUUUCUCCAUCUCCGCAUCAAACAUGAAGACCCGCUCGAUCCUGUGCCUCUUCCUCGGCUUGUGUCUCAUCGCAGGCCGGGCAAAUGGAAGAAAGCCUAGAAUGGUCGGCAGCAGAUUCGCCGAGGAGGGCCGAUUCAAGUAUCACGUGUCCCUGCAGAUUCUGCAGAGCGCCGACCGUUGCACGGUGAGCUUCUGCGGCGGCACCCUCGUCACCGGGGUGUACGUCGUGACGGCGGCGCACUGCGUGACGCGACCCGGCCCCAAUCGCGAUUUCAUUCGCGAGCCCAUCGUCGCCGUGGCCGGAACGACGAAUCUCGAGGACAAGGAGAGCGGACAUCAGCAGCCGGUCGUUAAGAUAUGGAUACCGAACUCGUACAAACAUGGUCAAUCGGUUCACGACAUUGCAGUGUUAAAGUUGGCAAAACCAUUCCCACUCGGAGCCAGUGGACUAGGUAGAGCUCAAGUGGCGCAGCGAUUCUCAUACCCACCGGCAUCACCUUUCGACGCCACCAUGCUCGGCUUUGGCGUUUCCAAGCAGAAAAGAAAACCCGGACACGUCGAUUCGGAGCCGGCCAGUCCCUAUCUGAAAUGGGCCCCGGCUCGUGGCAACUCCGUGCCCCAAGGUUCGGAGCCCUGCCCGUUGGCGCAGAUCUGCGUCCAAGGCACCGACCACAUUGACCAAGGUCAUCUGCAGGGUCCCUGUUACAGAGACGACGGCAGUCCAUUGGUUGAUGAAUCGACCAACCCCCAUACCCUGGUUGGCGUAGCGAGCAGCUACAGCAGUCCCGUCUGUGGAAGUUACGCUAGAUACACCAGAGUUUCAGCUCAUGCGGAGUUCAUAGACAAGAUUCUCAACCACAACAUUGAUCAUACGAUUGUUUCAACGUCCACGAAUGUCAGCCCUUAUAACUUUGCCGAUUUUCCUCAUUGCUAAUAAAAAUUAA